GGCUUUCGUCUAUCGCGUUAGAAAACGUCACUCGCCACUGUUUUUGAUCGUUUCCGAAUCGUUCGAAAAAUGUCGAAACCUCGAACUCGAUAUUCUUAUUGAAUAUAAAACAUUGUGUUUUCAUAAUAGGCUGAUAUCAAAAAGCUAGAACCAUUUGGACACUAAGGACACGACAAAUCCCAACAAAAAAAGAUUAGUCGUGUUUUAUUAUCACGCUUAUUUGCGAUCAUUUUGCGAUAUUCUUUUUAACGAUAUCUCUUAUAUUCGAAUGGCGCAUCUAAUCUCGCGCAUAAGAACGACGCAAAUGCGAUGACCAAUGCUUCUGGGUGUGUUGAAGGUGUAUAUGCAGACGGAUUUUUUUUUCAUGUCCCUAACCUUAUCUUCCCGAUUACAUGUUACAAGACGGUUCUAUAUAUUAACUGUGAGAACAAUAAUAAUGGAUACCCUAUUUACUCCAAAUGUUCCCGAUGAAGCGGAAGAUAUACCGCAAACGGACGAACCAGUCUGGAUUCUUGGCAGGAAGUACAAUGCUAUAAAAGAGCUUGAUGCAAUACGCAGGGAUAUUCGAUCCAAACUAUGGUUUACCUAUCGUAAAGGCUUUAUUCCUAUUGGUGGUUGCAACUCUACAUUCACAUCUGACAAAGGUUGGGGUUGUAUGUUGAGAUGUGGGCAAAUGGUUUUGGCCCAAGCUUUAAUUACGUUACACUUGGGUAAAGACUGGCAAUGGAUGCCAGAAACAAAGAAUAACACAUACUUAAAAAUUUUAAGUCGUUUUGAGGAUAAAAGAGCUGCUGCUUUUUCCAUUCAUCAAAUUGCAUUGACAGGUGCAUCAGAGGGGAAAGAAGUUGGACAAUGGUUUGGUCCUAAUACUAUUGCACAAGUAUUAAAAAAAUUAAUUGUAUAUGAUGAAUGGAGUUCUCUUACUAUACACGUUGCAUUAGACAAUACAUUAAUAGUUAACGAUAUUUUGAAACAAUGUAGAAUAGAAGGUGGUGAAACAGCAGAAGCAGAUGGAGAAGUUCCUCUAAAGGCGCCUAGCCAAUGGAAGCCUUUAUUAUUAUUAAUCCCGCUACGUCUUGGACUCAGUGAAAUUAAUCCUGUAUAUAUUAAUGGACUCAAGACAUCGUUUAAGAUUUCACAAUCUCUUGGAGUAAUUGGAGGAAAACCAAAUCUUGCUUUGUAUUUUAUAGGCUGUGUAGGAGAUGAGGUGAUCUAUUUAGAUCCUCAUACUACCCAAAGGUCAGGUAGCGUUGAAGACAAGAUAAGCGAAGAAGAAAUUGAAAUGGAUAUUACAUAUCACUGCAAAUCAGCUAGUCGCAUUCCUAUUACAGGCAUGGAUCCUUCUGUGGCGCUUUGCUUUUUUUGUGCUACAGAAAAGGAAUUUAUGUCUUUGUGUAAAUCAAUGCAAGAGGAAUUAAUUUUACCAGAAAAGCAACCAUUAUUUGAACUGUGUACAGAGCGUUUGGCACACUGGUCAUCAGCAGAUGAUGCUGUUUCGGAAGCAAUAGCAGCUUCCAGUUUUGUGGACUUUGAGCACAUUGAACGUCAGUACGACACAUCUGAUGAAGACUUUGAACUACUUGGUUGACGUCAACCUAAUCCAUUUAUUAUUGCGACAAGAUGCGAAACAAUUAAAUAUUACACAACAGUGUUUUUAAAAACGUUUUGUAUUUCUGAAGAUAUGCAGUACGAAGUUAAAACAUACUCAUACGAUGCAAAAAAUAUGUGUAUAUAUUUUAUGUAUAUGUACAUUUGUGUUUGCGUGUGUGUAUGCAUGUGUGUAUACACACGCGCGCGCGCGUACGUACAUACAAAAUUAAAUAAUUAAAUUGUGCAUAUAAUAUAUAUACACAUUUAUAUUUAUAUUUAAAUACUUUGUACAUAUGCGUAUAAUAUUUAGGUUUAUACAUUUAUGCAAUAUUAUAAGCGUCAAUCCUUUGCGUUUGUGCUUUAUUGAGAUCUUUGUGUCAUUCUGAGGUAUUACAUUGAUUAUCAUUUUCAUUUGAUUACACAUGUAAUAUUUUUAAAAUAAAAGUGUGAAUUAGAUACUUUUUUAAGAUUUUUGAAUACAGAUGGCUAAGAACUCUUUAAAAAUACCGCGAUUUUAAGAGCUUAUAUCUGUAAAAAUAUUAAGUACUAAGAGAAAUUAAAACUAUAUAUACGAGUAA